AUGGCACCGGGCGCUCUGAUCGACCACGACACGACCGGUCGUGAUGGCCUGCAACUUGAAGAGACGUCAGACAACAUCGACAAGGUCAAUGUCCUGAAGGACCAGAAGAAGCAAGCACAGAAGGAGAGGGACGAGGCGGCGUUCAACAGCAAGUCAGCAUUCGACUCAGAGAAGGACAAGACGCAGUUCAGGCAAUACGAAGAUGCCUGCGACAGAGUCAAGAACUUCUACCUAGAGCAACACACCAAGCAGACCGUAGCCUACAACCUGAAGGCCCGCAAUGACUACAAGUUCCGCCAAAAGCACCGUAUGACCAUUUGGGAGGCCAUGGAGAAGUUGAACACUUUGAUCGACGACUCCGACCCUGACACCAGCCUGUCACAAAUUCAACAUCUGCUCCAAUCCGCAGAGGCUAUCAGGAAAGAUGGCAAGCCACGCUGGAUGCAGCUCACUGGCCUGAUUCACGAUCUUGGCAAGCUGCUGUACUUCUACGGCUCCCAGGGACAGUGGGAUGUUGUUGGCGACACAUUCCCCGUCGGAUGUGCUUUCGAUGAGCGCAUCAUUUACCCUGGUUCCUUCAACGACAACCCCGAUUCGAAGGACCCUAUUUACAGCACUAAGAAUGGCAUCUAUACGCCUGGCUGCGGCCUAGAUAACGUCAUGUUGUCGUGGGGACAUGACGAGUACCUUUACCAUGUUGUCAAGGACCAGUCCACACUGCCGGCUGAGGCUUUGGCCAUGAUCAGAUAUCACUCCUUCUACCCCUGGCACAAGGAAAAUGCAUACAGAGAGUUCAUGGAUGAGCACGACGAGAAGAUGCUGGAAGCUGUCCGGGCUUUCAACCCGUACGACUUGUACAGCAAGAGCGAUGGCCUACCCGAUGUAGAGCAACUCAAGCCAUACUACCUAGACCUGAUCAAGGAGUUUUUCCCCAAUGAGGUUAUUGAAUGGUAA